AUGAACACAGCUGUGCCGCUGCCUGAAACGCUUUCGAAGGCCGUCCAACGCGCGCUGCCUCGAUGGAACCGUCGCCGCUGUGCUACACUCGCCGGGGAAUUGUCGACCCUCUGGUGGGGACUCAGGACGGCAGUGCUGUUGGAUACUUGCUCGCUUUCGGAGGAUGAGGCUGCUGCGCUGGGAUGGGCUCUCCAGGCACUCCAGAAGAACCUAAGCGUCGCUCACGAACCCGUGUCGGGACAGACCCUAGUCUUAAACCGGGACUUGCUGGCGGAGAGAGUCGUCGAGGACGUUACCUUCAUCGAUGUCGGCGGGCGUGAGGCGGUCCUGGUGCGUCCAGCCCGUCCUUACACGGUUCGCAGAGGCCUUGAGAUUGCGCUCCAGCUCGACGGCCCGCCUCCUUCGUUCCGCUCCCUCUUGACCUCCGUCGCCGCCCAUCGCUCCUCCUCUCCCUUCCUCUCCCUCACCCUUCCCUCGCCCGGCCACCCGACAGACCUUAUACCAUUCGUCGGUUUCCUCAUCGACUACCCCGUCGCAUACUGCCUCUCGCACGAAGGAGACGGGAGGAACUGUCUGGGAGGGGAGGAGCUAGUUGUGACGGAGGCGGAGCUUGUCGGGCCCGGCGAGAUGAGGCAACGCUUAUUGGCUUUCUCGUACCCGAUUCGACUCGCUCCCUCGAUCCCGCCCCAGGCCAUUGCCGAGGCGCUCGAGAACAAGCUCCGCGCUCGACUGGCGAAAGCUGCAACGACACAUCCAGAGCUGCAAGGUUGUCGUGUCGAGGUAGGUCAGCGGAACGUGACGCUGGAUCAGGUGGCUCUGUAG